AUGGCAGCCUCCAGUACUCGACAAAAAUUGCUGUCAUUAAUUGACGAUAUUGAAAUAGUUUCAAAAGAACUAUUUGAAGCUUUAAGUACCCCCAAAACCCAGUUACGUCCUGAUGGAGCAGAUUCUGUUAUGCUCAUGGAAUUAUUGGUGGAAAAAGAUCAGGAACUUAAAGCCACCAUUAAAACAGCUGAAGAACAGGCUGAAAUUCAGUCAGUGAUGGACAAUUUGAAAAUAGAAGUUGAAAAAAGGGAUCAAGAAAUCAAAGUUUUACAGAAAAAUUUAAAAGACUCUGAAACAAUAUUGUCAACAGCAGUCUAUCAGGCCAAACAAAAGCUGGAAAGCAUCGCACAAGCAAACAACAAAAGAACAUCAUCAGAAGAUUUGAUAAAGUUUGCUCAUCGAAUCAGUGCUAGCAAUGCUGUGGCUGCUCCUGUCACUUGGGCUCCAGGUGAUCCAAGACGCCCUUACCCUACAGAUUUAGAUAUGAGACAAGGAUUUUUAGGGCAGGGGACUUACACGGAUGUUUCUGCUGUUACCAGGAGCAACAGUCAGAUUUCAAACAGUAAGUAUAGGUCUUCAUAG